UACAUUGCGAAAUGCACUCGGAUAUGGUUAGGAAUAAUAACGCGAUAUUUGACAUGCAAACGUUUGGCAAGGGAGGUGUUUGCUCGUCUGGUGGCUGUUUUCAUCCCUAUACUUAUUAUUCAAGAAAUUGGUAAUUUCUGGAUAUCAUCCCAUGAACUCAAUUUUCAUGGCACGUUUAGCACUAUUACGCGGAUUAUGUAGAAAAAUACUUUUCAUUGCAAAGGAAUAAAUUAUUUGAAAUCCUUUUCAAAGCGCUUGGCACAUCGUCAACGCGAUGCAAAGGUAUUUUGGGUUGUAUACAAAACGAAGCUAUGCCAAACAAAGUUCGAAAUUUCUGGACGAAACAGAAGUUUGAGCAAGUUCUCAAGCACGGAUCCCUGCCAUUUGCUGGUUCUGUACUGCGAAUAAGUUGCCAUUAUUGAGAAACAAGAAACUCGAGUAUCUUUUCGGCGGUAAUCAUUACUGAACUUCAGUAACGACUACCAGUUUAAAUUUUGGGCUUGACAAUAAUUUUCUGGGCUUGACUGUAAUUUGGAACACGUCUUUCCUUGAUUAAAUGGAUGAACCAGCCGAAGAGGGAUUUACUGAAAAGGAGAAUGACUCUUUUACUUCAGUCGCGACAGAAAAAACCAAUAUUACAGAAAGCGAUGGAGAUGAUGCAACCUCAGGCAAGGAAGUAAACGAAGCACUGCCAGAAGACAAAGAAUCAGCUUACAAAGAACCUGAUGAAUUAGAAAAUGACAGUGAUCCUGAAGAAGGAAAACAGGAUACAGAUUGCGCACAACUAGAGAUACCCAGAGGUGGAGAUCAAGACACCAUUAAAGGUCUCGAGGAUGAUGUUGCGACAGCGUUUGUAGAAAAUGAUGCUGACUUGGCCACCGGUGGCUUGCUCGACCAUGAAAUGUCAGCAGCGGAGAUCGAUGGAGAUGAAAAGGAUUCAAGACAAGAAACAGACGGAUUUUCAGUGGAAGAGAAAAUAUCUGGCACAACUGACCCAGAAUCGUCAAAUGAGCUCGAAUCUAAACCUCAGGGUUCUGUAUUGGAGGAAGAUUUGCCUACUACUUCAGGCAGGGAUCUACAGGACACCUAUUUACUAACUGAGCAUGAGGAUGUGGCAGACAAAAAUCAUCAACAAAAACAAGAAGAAGAAGAAGAUAUCUCGGUAAUGCCAAUAGAGUUGGAUGAGAGUAUGGAUGAAUUUCAAAAAUCUGAAACCUUCAAAAUGGUGGAAGAUAGCAUCUUAGAAAAAAAAGAUUCAAACUUCCAUGACGACCAGGAGAAUGAAGACCGUAGCAUAGUCGAAAAGGAGAUUGUAACUGAUAAUCUUGAUGAGAGUAAGGAUGAAUUUCAAAAAUCUGAAACCUCCAAAAUCGUGGAAAACAGCACCUUAGAAAAAAAAGAUUCAAACUCCUAUAACGACCAAGAGGAUGACGAGGAGAAUGAAGACCGUAGCAUAAUCGAAGAGAUUGUAACCGAUAAUCCUGACAGGUAUUUGCAACAACAUGAUAACAACUUCGAACAAAACGCUCAGGUAAACAAUACUAGUGAAGUGGAGGAUGCACCUUCACAUAUUGAUGGCGAGGGAAGCGAAGGGACCACAGAACACUUUGAUGACGUCGAAGGCCGGGAAAGUGGUUUUCAGGAAGGACAGGAGAAUUAUGACGAUGAGGAAAACCGAUCAAUUCCAGAAGCGGUUGAACGAGAUGGAAUUAAAGAUGAGGAGAAAAGGUCGGAAAUGGACAAUGUUUCAUUGCAUUCUGAAAUACACGACGAUGAAGGCGAUCUUGCGCGAGAUGAGGUACAAGAUAGUCAUUCAAAGGAGAGGGCCACUUACGAGUCUUAUUUGGAAGACGACUUCCUUGCAAACGAUAGAGUUUCAGGCGGUUUCUAUGGUGACGAUGACUUAUCAUCGAUAUUUUCCGAUGACGGUCGCGACAUGUCAAACAUACUUCAAGAAAACAGGAUCCUGAAAGAGGCCAUGAGCCAGCUUAGGAACGAUAACCCCGAUGGAUUCACCGACACCGUCAGCGAAACUUCAGAUGAAAUUGAUGAUUUUCAUUCGUACCCGUACGGAACAGGUACCGACCAUAAAUUGCAGACCAGCAAGUGGAUGGCGGACAAAGACUUAAGCGACGCAAGGAUCAAUGAGAUGUUGCGAGAGAAGAGGGAUAACCAGGCAAAAAUACGACAGAUUGAGAGAGAAAAAGCGAUCUUUGAACGAAGAUAUAGGCAGGACAAAAUAGAAAGGGAUUUCCUCGAGGAAAGAUUCAAUUUAAAGUCCUCUCAACUCGAGGACGAAAUAAGGAAUUUAAAACAAGAAAACCAACGGCUAAAACGAGGAAAUACACAAGGAAAAGUUACGACUUCAAGUCUUGGAGUAAAGAGUUUUGAAAGCUCAAAAGAACCGGGAAUUGCCUCCCUAAGUGAUGAUAAUAAUGGCUGCUCUCCCGGGAAAAAUGGCUACGCUUUAGAUAUCGCCAUCUUGGCGAAAGAAAAUGAGAAAUUAAGUGAAAUAAUAGACCACCUGCAAGACGCCCCCAUGAGUGAUCCACUCAACGACUUCGUUGAGAAUUUGGACAAAUAUGUUCCCAAAGAAGAAUACGUGAAGCUAGAAAAGGAAAAGCUUAAGUUAGAAACAGCAUUAAGGGAGAAGGAACGGAUGCUGAAGGAUCAGGAGAGAUUGAUGGAAGAGAUGAAAUUUGACUUAGAGGAAGAAAUGGAAAUCCUGAAAGACAACCUGAAAAAGGCAGAAAAUAAGAACAAAGAGAAAGCCAAAUUAUUGAGUCAGAAUGACAUUAAGAUGGUGGAUAUCAAAGCUAAGUUUACAGAAAAAGUAAGCAAGCUCGAGUCUAAAUUAGAACAAGAAGUUUUUAAGAAAGAAAAACUUGAGUCGGUUAUUGUCAAUCUGAAGAAGUGCAACAACAGCUUUGAAAAAGAAAUCCAUGACAUGAAUAAUCGAGUUGAAAAACUACAAAAACAAGAACUGGAGGUGGAAGCCAAGACUCGUCGAAAAAUGGAGGACUUGCAAGAACGCUUGAGAAAAGAAACAGAGGAAAAAAACAAGCUCAGUCGAAAUGUCGAAGCUCUACUACAAGACUUAAUGCAGCUGAAAAGUAAAAUGCUUGAAGAUUCGGAGAAGCACGCCAAAGAAAAAGAACUGUUAAGAGAAUCGGUUGAAACUGAGAAGGCAAGAAUAAUUGCAGGACGAGAGAACGAAAACUGGCGACUGAAGGCUGAACUGGAUGAGGAGAGGAAAAGAAAUGAACAGCUAAUUAGAAGAAUGGCAGAUAUUCCAAGAGAAACGAUCGCUUCUGUAAUGGAAAGCACGACGGAGUCGGGUAUUUUUGAGGGUGCUUUCAAUGACAUGGAACCAGAAGGUCUUUUAGAGAGCACUAUACAAGAAAAGCAGUAUAACGAGCCAGAGAGGGAUAACAUUGUUUCAGACAUGAAUGAAGGCCGCGCUAAAAGUGAAGAACGGUCAUGGAAUAGUACCACACUCACAGAAGAUAACAGCGGUGACACCAACAGACUGCAGAAGAAAGUCUUGGAAGUAACAAAAUACAACAGCAUUAUGAAGCGAAGAAAUAAAGAGAUAGAAGAAGAGAACAUCAAUUUGAAGGAAAAGAUAGAGAGGGUAGGUAGAGAUGUGACUAAGAUGAGAGAACUCGAGGAUAAAAACGAAGAGCUACAAGAAGAAAUUGCUCGAAACACAAAGAAGCGAAGCGAAAUGCAAAAGAAACUGGACGACAUGAUUGAAGAAAUCGAUGAUAUCACUAAAAAUCUGAAUAAAGUAGAAGGGAAUAAUGCCUAUCUCAGCGACGAAGUUGAACGGCUAACAAAGAAGAUCAAAAUGAUGGAGGAAGAGUUUGCCGAUGAGAAGUCCAAAUUAACAUCAUCUAUGGAACUGGACAAGAAAAACGCAAUCGAUGAAACUGAAAGACGUCUGGAAGAGCAAAAGGCAAGAGGCAAGAAACUGGACAAUGAAAUAGAAGAUCUCCAAUGCGAUAUAAGGACUCUUAAAGACGCAAAAAGGGCAGCAGAGGAGAAAUAUGUGAACGACACGAAAGAACUCGUUGAAAGGCAUAAUUCGGAGCUGGCUAAAGAACGAGAAAGGUACCGACAACUGCAGGAUGAGUUGAAUAACAACGCUGGAGCUGUUCGAAGGGUAACUGAGGAAUGGGAACAGAUGCUCCGAAGUGCUGUGUCCAGAUACGAAGACGACCUGCAGAAGAAUGAAGAUGAACGAAGGAAGUUGGCAGAUGAGUUUCAACGCCAGAAGGAGGCCAUGAAGUCUCGAUUUGAGAAAGAAAAAGCCAAGUUGGAACAACGCAUUAUAGAAAUUGAAAGAAAUGCAAGAUCACCACCAGACGCCAUUAGUAGUUAUCAAGAUCUACAAAUAGACCUCUUCUAUGACCAAGCACCUCAGGAAGGUUAUAGCGAGGACGAAAAUUAUGCCAUAAGAGAUAUUGCCGAGGCAAAUGACAAGAUAAAAGGUCUUCAAAACGAGAAGCAGAAACUUGAACAGAAACUAGCUCAAAUUCAUAAGCAGUACGAAAAACAAAAAACUGAUUUGGAAAAAAGACAGCGAGAGGAAACGCAGAAGCUCGAGGAGGCACUGAAAGAGGAUUUCAAAAGAAGAAUGGAAGAAAACAAGAAAUACUAUGAAGACCACUUAGACGAUAUCCGACGAAAACACGAGAAAGAGGAGGCAGAACUAGCCGAAAGAUUUAAAAAGGAGAAAAAAGAGCUGGAAGAGAAAAUAAAACAAGAUUUUUCGAAUAAUUUGUCUUCUAGGAGCACUGGUCUUGAAAACAAAAUACAAGAUCUCGUUUCUCAGAAAGUACAAGAGCAAAAAGACAUAGCAAAGAAAACGGAAGAAAAAUACAACACGGCACUUGCACAAAUGAAAACUAAGGUAAAAGAAAUGCAGAGUGAAAGGAAUGAAAUGAAAAGAAGAUUCGAAAGAGAAAAGAAUGUAUUGGAGGCCACGAUGCAGGCAUUAACGAAAGAGCUUGAAAAAGGAAAACAGGAAAAGAAGGAUCUAAAAAAGAAACAGAAAAAAGACAAAGCAGAAAUGGAGGAAGCUUUUGAAAAUGAAAAGAAAGAGAUGAGGCAGAUAUGGGAAAAGUGUAAACUUGACACAAUUAAUCAAAUCGAAGAAGAAUGGAUAGAAAAAGUGAAGAGUGAAAAUGCAAAAUCUGAAAUUUUAAGGGAAGAACUACGCGGAGAUUUUGAAGCAAGGAUGAAACAAAUGAAACUGAAGUUUAAAGCGGAAAAAGCAGAGCUUGAGAAACGGCUGGCAAACGCUACCUCUGAGGCUAACUCUCUUGCAGAAGCUAAGAAGGACAUGGAGGCCACCAUGGAAGAGGAUUAUAGGCGCAAACUGCAAAAGGAAAAAGAAAACAUUGAAAGCACACUACAAGGUCUCCGCCAAGAGAUAGCACGGCUGCGAGAGCACAGGAAACAACUACAAAGUCAAAUGUCUAACAGAGAAGGUCGCGCAAACGUCAGUGUUCCGUUAUCAAUGGAAAAUAAUGCACAAGUCUUGGCGAAGUUGGACAAUGAAUACCAGGAGCAGAUAAGGAGAGAAAAGGAACAUCACGAAGGCAGAAUGAGAGAAAUGGAGGAAGAGAUCGAAAAGCUCCAUGUCGAUCUUUCCCAAAUGAAGACCAAAGCCCGCCAAGAAAAAAGCAAGGUGAAAGCAGAAUUUGAAAGGGAAAGAGAAGAGAUGGAGGAGCAGUUCGAAAAAGAGAGGAGCGAGUGGCGGACGAGGAUGAAUUUUAUCGCAACGAUACAACCUGGGGGAUCACAAAGAAGAUCAGCUCACUUUGAGAGACGUUCACGCGAUCUGCGGGAGAGAGAAUUGUACCACAGCGAUAGAAAUCCUCACAGAAUGCAGCACAGUGGGGAAGCACGAAGUCAACAACAUUAUGAUGUGUUGUCUUCGACUGGGGAACUGUGUACUCGUAAAAUAGGGUUUUUCCGUCUCAGGCGGAAACGUACUGGUAGCAUCAAACGAUAUGGGGUAAAGACAAACACGAUGGAGAGUUCACAACAGAGUGUAGAAAAUUUGGAAGUUGAACUAGAAACGACAACUGGUAGCCUUGAAACACGCACGCAAGAGAAUUAUCGACACGAAAUAGAAGACAUAGUGAGAGGAUUUAUUAUUGAGAAAGACAUUUUGGCCCAGAGCCAUGAAGAGGAAAUACGUCGGAUGAAAAAGAGCUUUGAUCUGGAAAGAAAACAACUUCUGCAUCAGCUGGAAUUGGACAAGGACCAAAUGAUAGAAACUUCAAGAAUCACAGAAUCCACAGCGAAUGGUGUCGCUUUCGCCGUUUCGGAUACAGUUUCUCACGACACCGGUCAAAUUCGCUCUUUUUCAGGCGCGGAGAGCUUAGCGGGCGCACAGCGGUUGGGAAGCUUUCAACCAGUUUCUAAUGGGGGCCAUGAUAUUUAUGAUGUGGAUUCCAAUUUAAUACGCGAAAUCGCGGAGGUAUAUCUAAGAAUAAAUAAUGGUCCUUUGACCAGCCAGAUGCAUCCAGAACUAGACUUGGAGGAUAAAUAUGAGAGAGAAAGGGAGUCACUUGAGAGGACCUUCCACUUAGAAAAACGCGAGAUUAAGCGAAAAAUGGAGGAGGAAUAUCAACGCCGGUUAGAACAAGAAAGAAUGAAGUACGAGGCAAAUAUAGCCGAGAUGAAGACAACUGUUUCUGAGCUACAUUGGCAGAAGAGAGAAGCUGAAAACCACCUCCGUCACGAGAAGGAGAAAUGGGAAAUGAAUUCGGAAAGGGAUAAAAACGACAUCGAGAAAAAGUACUUGCAGAUGCUUCAAGAUACGCGACGAAAAUUGGACGAAAAGCAUGGUAGUGAGCUGGAGAAACAAAGAGAGAAAUACGAAGAAAACAUUUCUGACUUACAGAUGGAUAUUUCGAAGUUAACGUUACAGCUGAGGGAGCUAAACGAUAAUUUGAAUCAAGAAAAAGACAUAAUAAUGACCAAGUUCGAAAGAGAGAUAAAAGAAAUGGAGCAGGCUUUUUUAGAGCAGAGAAGCUCCUUAAAGGCUAAUUUCGAGGCAGAGUUUAUGAUGCGUCUUGAAAAUGAAACUUCACUUCUCAAAAAUAUCAACGUAAAGCUAAAGGAAGACUUGGAAAUCAUGGAAAAAGAAAGAAAAGAAAUGGAGAAGAAGGGUAAAGAAGAACGACGAAAGCUUGAAGAAAGGUUUGAAGAGGAAAUAUCGGAAAUGGAGCAGAGGUACUCUGAAGAAAAACGAGCUUUGAAACUGAAACUCGAAGAGAGAUACCAACUUGGACUUGUCAGAGAAAAGGGAGGAUUAGAGGAAACAAUUCAAGAAAUGGGCGAGGAAAUCGCGCUUCUGAAACAAGAGAAUGCGCAGAUGGAACUCACAUACGCCGAGAGGCGGGAAGAACUUCGAAGGCAGUUGGAGAUGGAGAGAGAAGACAUGAGACGAAACAUUACCAUUGAAAGGGAAGAGGUGCGCAUUCGAAUUGAAAAUGAGUUAUCGCAGAAGUUGAUGCUGGAAAAAUCGACUCAAGGCGAUAUCUUCCAACAGCACGAGAGAGAUGCACUCUUACUUAAAGCUAAGUGCGAUGAUUUUGAGCGACAGAUGUCGGCACUGACCCAGAAGCGAGAUGUGUUGAUACGAGACCGUGCAAGGCUCGAGGAAAAUCUGAGAAGCAAGGAGAUACGUCUGACGGAUAUGAACGAUGGACGGAUUUCGAACGCAGAGGGGUGGGACAGUGGCACCAAACUGAAGGAAAUAAUCCGUGAAAAAGACAAUGAACUGGCAGCUGUAAAGUACGAGAAUCAGCAACACGAACUGAGUCUGUCAGCGAUGAGACGUGAAAAGAAUGAUCUCCAAGACGAGAUAGCCAGCUUAAAGCGGCGAUUGUCUAACUCAACGGAGCUUUUUGACGUUAAAUUCGGAAGCAAUGAAAGCGGAAUGGCAUCUUUAGAGGAGAGUUUGAGAAGAAGGGAAGGCGAGGUGAGCUCUUUGCAAAGAGAGAAGUAUGAUCUUGAGAGUCGACUAUCAUCCAUACAGCGAAAAAAUGAAGAACUAGAAGAUGAAAUUGCAACACUGAGGCGCAAAAAGUUAGACGUUGAAGAUGAAAUCUCUGCUUUGAAACGAGACAAAGCUGAAUCUGACAGUCAAAUGGGAUCACUGAAGAGAGACAAAGCAGAUCUUGAAGACUUUAUCACCAAUCUAAAGAGAAAGCAAGGAGAAGUUGAAGACACCAUGUCUAUUAUAAAAAGAGAAAAGGCAGAACUUGAACACGAGAUCUCUAUCCUAAAACGGAAUAACACGACGAUGGAGAUUGAGGUUCACAGACAGUUCAACGAUCAACGAGAGAGAUCCCGUACUACGCAUCGCGAUCACGUCACGCAAGACAAAAUAACGCCGAGCGCUACGAGAGAGACCCUCUUCCAAUCACAAGACAGCUUUAUUUUAAAUAAUGGCGAUCACGGUUCUGAUCUUGAUAGGGACGCUGACAAAUUGCAAACGAAAGUGUCUGACUUGCUAAGGCAACAAAAGGACUUAGAAAGCGCCAUACGAAGAUUAAGCCAAGAAAAGUCUGACCUUGAGAGGGAUUUAAGAGUACAACUCGAGUGCCGAAGAAAUGUACUACAUCAGGCCAACGAAAGCCCUUUACAAGAAGAUGGCAAAGAGGACAUUUGGGUGUUGCAGAGACAAAAAGACGACUUGGAAAGGGUGAUAACCUCCUUAAAGAAAGAACAACUUAAACUAGAAAGUGCGGUUUCUCAGUAUCACAUACAAGAGACAAGUUUGGAAGGGAAAUUGAACGAGCUAAAGGAUCACAAGGCGAAGAUGGAGCUGGAAAUCCAAGCACUGAACCACAAGAAACAAACGAUUCAAAAAACGAUUGACGUUCAUCAGAGAGACAAACGAGAGGUAGAUGGGAAAAGAAAGUUGCCUUCUGGGAUCCCUCGACUCAAGACUGAUAGAACUCAGGAAGACAACAACACAGAUCAACAGAUUACUGACCUGCAACAAGAAAGGGAUGACUUGAAAAUGCAACUCGUACAGCUUCAAUCAGAAAUAGUCACAAAGAAUGUUCACUUCUCUGAAGAAGCCCUGCAAACUGAAGAAAAAGAAGUUCUAGAACUAACUAGGAUUCGCAAAGAGCUGGAGAAGGAGAUAACUCUUCUGAGGAGAAACAAGGCCGAAGUGGAAGCUGACAUCAUUGUCGUGCAAGAAGCUUUUAGGCAAAGAGAGAAUGACGUCGAUUAUUUACGAAAAGAGAGAACGGAUCUGGAGCUGCAGAUCACAGCACUAGAAAGCCAAAUCACACGGCUGGGAGCUGAAUGCUCUGUGAUUAAAGAUGAGCGAGACAAAGAUGAGAACGAGGUUGAUAAGCUACGCAGAGAAAAGGCUGAAUUGGAGAGAGACGUUUUUAGUUUACAAAGCCAGCAACGGCACCUUGAGACGAAUAUUUCAGUGGGCGAUGAGGCUUGGAGGAAAAAAGCCAUAGCAACAAAUGGACUGCAAACAAAUGUCCAAGACAUCACUAACAAUCUGGAAACUUUGGCGAGGCGAAAAGAAGAUUUGCAAGCAGAAAUAAUAAAGAUCAAAGCGACAAGAGAUCAAGAGGAAAGAGAGAUGCAACAACUUCGCAGAGAAAAGUCCGAAAUUGAGGUUCAGUUGUCCGUGUUAAGGGCGGAGUCUAACGAACAAGAACAAGAGUACAGGCCAGAGCAUGAAACGCAUGAUAAAGAGGGGUAUUUGGGAUCAAGGACUAACGACGUUCCUACCACACAGGAAGAACUAAAAGACUGGCUGAAACAAAAACAAGAUCUGCAGUCAGAAAUUGCAAAGAUCCAAACCCUGAAAAGCAACGAAGAAGACGAUUUGCUGAAUCUUCGACAGCAGAAAUCAGACAUGGAGAUGUAUAUUUACGAUUUGGAAAUUAAAAAACAGAGUCUUGAAAUGGAUGGGCUGUAUUCAAGAACCGAGAGACAAGAACUAAGAAACGCACCAGAUCGAACGGAAGUAGAGGUGGCUUUCACAAGCGAUCGCCAAUCGGAUAAAAGUGAGGUUGACAAUUCACAAAACUACCAUACUUCACAACAGCAUGUAUCACAUCAAACAACUCCAUUCUCAUCAUCAGAUAGUUAUCAGAUGACUUAUAAUAAUUCCGAUAACUCCAUCAAUAAUUCAUAUUUGCACAUCAAUCACCAACAACGCAGUCUUUCAUCUGAGACUCUCUCGACAAACCAAAACAGUUCUACACUCCACGAAGACUCCACCAAGGAAGACAACACCGUGGUCUCAUUGAGACGGGAGAGGAACGAGUUAGAAAGCCAAAUCUACGACAUGAGAAUACAGCUCACAAGACUGCAUGCAGAAGUGACGAGUCUGGAAAACAGAAGGACUGUUCUAGAAACAGUGCACCGGGAAUACGCUACCGUUGAUUUGGAAGUAAAGCUGACAAAAGGCCAUGUUGUUGGAGUUGACACUGAUCAGGACUGCAACACCGCAAGAUCUAUGACCGAGGAUGAGAAAGAUAUUUUAAUUCAAGAAUAUAAGGAUCAAAUUCGACAACUAAAACAGCAAAAGCUUGAAUUAGAACAGAAAGUAAGCCUACUGGAGUGGCAGCUUGAAAACAUGAAACAAAAGCUGGAGCUUCAGGAAAUAACCCACCGACGGGAAAUGAGCACUUUGAGCGAAAAGAACCAGUCAAUUCAUGGUUUCCAAAGUGACAGACAAGAUGACACUCUCCAGGUGUUUUAUCAGAGGCUCUCCUAUUUCCUCAUGACUGGUGAACAUAGCAGCAAGGAAAUUAUGGAAGAAAUUGAAAGGCAAAUUUCAAACCUACAACAAAAGACGGCGUUUGAUUACAAAAACACUAAAGAAUUCGUGACUCCUGCCUCUGUGAAGCUGGAUAAAGAAAGAUAUUCUUCUAAAAUUGAUGGAACUGCUCCUCGGGAGUAUGCAACUCAAUUAAAGGCGCAGAUGGAAACAGCAGAUAAUCAGCUGAAAACAUGCGAGAAAAUAAUCCACAGAUUGUACGGUGAAAACAACGAUCUUACACAACAAAAUCUGAAUCUGGAGGGAAAGCUCAAGUCAGCAUCACGUUCUCAAGAGAAGCUUCAGCGCAAGAAAGUCCUUCUGCAAAAACUUGUCGAUAAACUCAAUGGUCAAGUAGAAAAAGAUGCGAUGCGACAUCAAUCUUACUUAGUAUUGGAACUCGAUAAAGAUGUUUCUUUAUAAAGGAUCGGUUUAACGGUUUUAAAAUACGUAUGAUAACCAAGAGGGAAAUGUUCAUCCACACACUUUUUACUGGUUAUGUAAUUGAAACCUUGGGAUCCUUUUUUGUUUCUGAAGAAGAAACAAAUGCUGUGCAAGUCACGUGCCCAUUGGGUUGCUUAAUGAUUUUGUAUCAUCGUAUCGGGAAAAUGUAACGUAAACUUUUUAUAGGUUUUUUUUUAAUCAAUAUUUUCGGACUGGAAAUGUUUUAUUGUACUGAUUUAGUGAGAAACCUUAUAAACGGUGGGUUUUGCACCCUAAAAAAAUGUACAAAGUACUUGGAGGACUUAUUGGCUUCGUAGAGUUUCCCCUUUGAUAUUUCAUAUUUUUAGUCAUGGAAGAGGUGUAAGUAUUCAGACUAGGAGAAAGCCUAUGUACAUUAUUGCAUAAACAAUAAAUGGAGGCAAAACUUCGCACUUGGCCAAAUCGCAGGAAUUUGCCGGAAAAAUCCUGCGUCUCGUAAAUUUUUUUCAGGUUUUAUUCAAGGUUUUCGCAGUGUGAUCUACAAAGCGAUCUUUUGGAAAACCCCGUGGGAACGGAUUUGACUGAAAACUCGGGUUGAUGCUGAAUAACGCGCCAAAGUUUCGGUAGCUAACGAUCCUAAAAAUUCUGUUUUUCUGUUGUUCAUCUCAAGAUUAAGACAUUAAUAUUCUCACAAAGCCUUGAAAUUUUGGAGUUGAAUUUUCCGUGAAACGAAACAGAAUACACUAGCUCAGGAGUGAAGACGGGCUCUAUUACUCUUAAGAUUUAUGGUUUGAAGUACAUCAAGGUUCCUAAAUUUUAAGGGACGUGCCCCCCUGAGGACCGAAUCUUGUCACUGAAGUUACCCCACUUCAUUCGCUGGUCUGUCCCCACGUCAGAGAUCUCUCGACUGAGAAUUAUUAGGCGGGAUUUUAAGCUGCAUGAAUAAAAGAUUAAAAAUUCAAA